AUGGCGAGGUUCCAGUUGGUGCGGUUCAAAGUCAGCUGGACAGCAGUUUUUACUGUGGCCCACUUCACGUACCUGCUGGUGGGGGCCACCAUCUUCCAGAUACUGGAGCGGGAGGCUGAGAGCAACAACCGGAACCAUUUCCAACUGGAGAAGUUACAUUUCUUGGCAAACUACACCUGCCUGGAUGGACCAGCCUUGGAGAAGUUUGUUCAGGUGAUUUUGGAUGCCUGGGAGAAGGGAGUGAACCCCUCAGGCAACUCAACAAACCCCAGCAACUGGGAUUUCAGUAGCUCCUUCUUUUUUGCAGGCACAGUAGUCACAACUAUAGGCUAUGGGAACCUCUCCCCCAGCACUGUAUCUGGUCAGGUGUUUUGUGUGUUUUAUGCAUUGUGUGGAAUCCCACUGAACCUGGCCUUCCUCAAACAGCUGGGGAAGUGUCUCACUAUCCAUCUGGGUCGACUCGAGAAGGGAAUGGUCUCAGUUGUUCCACACAAGCAAACAGUUGAGGCUCUGGCAGUGAGCUUGUUCUUCAUCACUGGCAGUCUGCUGUUUUUAGUCAUCCCUCCUCUGCUGUUCAGUUACGUGGAAGGCUGGUCGUUUGGCGAGGGCUUCUAUUUCACCUUCAUUACCCUCAGCACCAUUGGUUUUGGAGAUUAUGUGGUGGGAACUGACCCAGGCAAAGAGUACAUCUCUCUAUACCGUAGCCUUGCCGGCAUAUGGAUCAUCUUUGCCUUGGCUUGGCUCGCCCUUAUCCUCAACAUGGGAGCCAGAACAAUGGAGCAUGCAAUUGGCCUUACUCAUCCAGGCUUUAAGAAACAAAAGGAGGAAGAGGACGUGUCCUCAAGUACGAUAGAAGACACGUCAAAGAUAUGACAUGUCUACAUGUAAUAUACACUAGGUAGAACAUAUUUUG